UUAAUUCAAAAAUGCUCUGCCAUUAUGCAGAUUUUUUUUUGACGUUUUUUUAGGACGUUUGACAUAAAUUUCAUUUUACACUGACACAGGUGCAAAAGCAAAAAAACAAAAUUUGAUGAACGUGGAUGUAUUUGAUUGAACCAUGAUACCAAUUCGACGCCAAGGCGAGAAAUAUAAAAUGAAACUUCCUUGUGUUUUAAUAUCGUUUGCCUUUGUAUUUGUUUGGGCAGAUAUAACGACUUAUAUGAGGGCGGUUUCCAUUACAAACAAACACAUUCAGCUAGCUUUUGAAAAUAAUGUUGGUUCAAGAGGAAAUGGAUUGGAGUAUGUAAUAAAAAGAAUUGUUAAUGGAAAUGGAUUUUCAAUGGACGAAAUGAAUUUUAUGAUCGCUGUACCGGAGAAAGCAAGCCUUACCAACGUAUCGGGAUCCAUAGAAUGCCAGAGAUUUAUGAGAGUUGAAAUAACUUCUGCAUUAUCUAUUCCUAUGCCUGAUGCUGCAUACCAAAAUUUUCGAAACUCCAACUUGACUGAACUAGGAAAGGCAAGGAGACGCUACACUAGAGAAGCUUUAAGAAAAAUAAUUCUCAAGAUAUUAGCCUCGAAAGAACCAGUUUUCAGUUUAGGCCAGAUACAUCGAUUUGGUAAGCUGUGUUGUUUUAUAGGAUUGUGGAUGAGUACAAAAAUCCCAUCAUUAUAUAUAACAGGUAUUAAGACUGAAAAUAAUGGUGUUUGUGUCUUAAUGGAUGGUUCCGAUCAUUUAACAAAAUACAGAUCCUUUAAUGGCGUACUUUGGCAAGUAGAUGCCGUUGACAUUGAUAAUAAAAUAAUAGAACUAAAAGCACAGCUACUCGAGGAACAGUAUAGCCAUUACUUAGACUGACUCUAACAGUGUUUGUACCUUAAUGGAUACAUCCAAUAUCGUGAUACAAAAUACAUAUCCAUCGAAGCAAAUAUUCGCACUUGAGAAACAGUUAUACAAUUAUUUGUACCAAUUAUUAAUAUUAUAUU